AUGUCCCGCCGCGAUGCCGCCGAACCAUAUACAGAGAGACAUAGUUCUAUCGACAUGCAGAGUUCCGCCAGACCCAACCUCGCCGUAGCCCAGUCAAGCCGGUCGCCGGAAGUCUCAGCACAGACGCAAUCGUACGACGAUCUUGCCUUGUGCCGACCUCAGCAGCAAGCAUCUACCGACCAUGUCCACCUUCGGCAAGACUCUCCCCCGUCAACCCCUGGCUUUGGAUCCUCUUCUGCAUCUCGCCUGCCACCUCAGCCCCAAGCCACGCUGAACAUGGACGUCAUUCAAGCGCAGGCCGAGAUGCUCGAGAGACAAGCACGCGUAGAUUUAGAAGAGACGCAAAGACUUGCAGAGCAGCAUUUCGAGGAGAUGCUCGGUAGCAGAGAAGUCCGUGUUUCGCAUGCUUGCGAGCAUUGUAGACAGAGGAAAGCAAAGUGCUCGGGGCAACAGCCUUGUCAACGAUGUGCCAAGCAAGGGAUCUUGUGCACCUAUUCAAAACAAGAGAGGAGAAGUAGACCGUUCAUGCGGCCGUUCGAUAUCCCUUCACAGUCAACCGCAAUUCCGACCGUUCAGAGCCUUCCCAUGGCCUCGCCAGGGUUGGGGCCGAUUCGGGCCACUGGAAGGACGAGAGAUGUGCGGUAUGCUAAUAUGUCCACGCCCUACGGGCUGAGGAGGAACACACUACCGUGCAGCACACCAGCGGCGUACUUAAGGCAGUUGAAGGAAGGCCCAGUUGGAGUGGCGGCAGAAGCAUCGGGCUCACAAGCAAUGCCAUCGGCUGCGGGACGUGACCUGAGAACUGUCGCGUCUUUCCCGCCCUCGCAGCAAGCUAUAACGGAGCAGUUCAGACCAAAUCCAAUCCAGCCUCACUUUGAAUACGAAGCACAUCGCAGGGACUCGGUGGCAACAACAGGCUCGGAGAGCUUCGAUCAGAUCGCCACCUCGCACCAAACAACGCAGUCUGAACUCGUCGAAACACAGCAUCGUCCAUGGACCACGGAGUCUGCAGUGUAUGUUUCUGCUACAGGUGUCGGAGAUACUCUUGGUCUUUUCAGGUUUCAGUCGGCAGCUCGCCAUCAGUCUGGCUGGAACAACUUUUCCCACGCCCCAGCUCUGCCAGCCACCCUCAGCAGUUCCACGCAGGAGCACCCUCAAUUGCCGAUGAUCUCAUCAUCUCUACAAGCACGACAGACCUACGCUUCGUCCUUCCGACCGGUCAUCUUAUAUCCGCACAUUCCCGAAGGAUUGCCGCUGGAAGACGAAAGACAUCGAAGUCACUCCCUCGACGAGGGCGUACCUCGAGAGAUGGAGAAAGCUCUACCUGAGGACGCACGCGAGUCCAGCAUUGGCUCAGUACCUCAUGAUUGUGAGGGAGAAUCCCCGUCAGCUUUUGGAGAGCAGGUAAUUGAUCAUUCGGACCAUGCCGAGCGUACGGAAAGCUUCAGCGUGUAUGCGGAUAAGGCUGAAGAAAGUCACUUGGAUUGA